GAACACUUUCUUUCUAAACGUGAAACUAAGUGGUUUGGAAGUUUAGGUGUUUAUAUGCUCUGUGUGUUUAAAUAUAUAGCCUACAGCACCUUGCAGUUUACACCUCUAGAAUUGUAUAAUUGCGCACAAGAUGGCGGACGUUUCCAUUGACAGUGCUUUCGUCAUGUCAACAGUUCAUUCAAAACCGCACUUCACUAAACCACUGAUGUUCGUCAUUUCAAUCCAACUCACAGCGGAGUAGUAUUGUAUUAUUUGCAGCAUCACCCCGAGAUAUCUCCACCACUUGACCCUACUGGCUGGCAAAUGUGUGUUGUUCUAAUGUAACUAUUGUAACCCUCCACACGGACGUUCAUCGACAAGUUCUGAGGAAAUACAGCACUAAGGAUGGCUGCAGAUCUUUGUACUUUCACUUAUGGUAUUGCUGAUGAUGAUCUGGAGGAUACUGAGUCAGACAAUGAUUCAUCUGAUACUACCACCCAUGCUGUUUUGAACCAGCCGCAAUAUGUAAAGGGUACUUGUGUGCAAAGCAUUAAUGAUUCCCUUAUUAUAAGUGCUGAAACAUUUCCCUCUCCUGAUAUGAAUGUUGGAGAUUUCAAGCGGGAAUCUUUUCUUAAAAAGGAGGAAUGCAAGGAAGAAAACUGUAAUGGACAGGUUCAGAAUAGUAGUUCAUCCAGCGGCUCACAUUUAUAUUCAUUACGCAUUCCUAUUUCUUCUAAUUAUAAUUUAAAUACAUCAUCCAAAGUCCUAAAAUCAAAAAUCGUAAAUUGUUUUUCUACUAUAAAAAUUGUUGAGAAUCAGGAAAUUUCAUAUGAUUGUGUGGAUGCACAUAUCAUUAAGAAACCCUCCCAGGAAGAAGCAAAACAUGUAGUAAAACAGAAUCCACAUUAUGGAAAUCAAAAUAUUAGCCCAGUAAAAUUAGAGACAUCCCAUGUUUUUAAAUGUAAUGAUGUGGCUGUUAAAACAGACCUUGUAAAUGAAACUUGUUCAAAGAAUAAAGAUCGAGCCGUUUCUAAAAAACAUGAAGAUACCAGAGAAAGAAAGAGGGGCUGCAAGGUCAUUUCGCCUUAUGAUACUAAUGUGUCUGAUCAUUCACUUUCUCAUUGGCCAAAUCCCAAAGUAGAUUUAGAUGAAACUUCAAUUUUCAUAGAUGCCAGGCUUUGUGUCAACAAAAGGAAAUCAGCUUCAAAUAGUUACAAAAAACCACAUUUACUCUCUGAAAAAGCCAAACCAAUUAAUUUUGAAAGUUUGAAAAGAAAUUUUCACCAUAAGGAUCCAAGGAUUAGGGCUAGCAAGCAGUAUGUUUCAGGAGAAUCGAAAGAAGACAAAAACAAUAACACAGUUGAGUCUGUACUUGGCACUUCUAGUCGGAGUAAAUCUAAGGAGUUAUCUAACAACAGAUCCAGCACCAAAAAAAAUGAACAGACUCAACCAUUGUUCAAGCAAGAUGACCUAGGAAAGUUACAUGUGAAUCUAUUCAAAAAGAAAAAUAGGGCAGAUUCUAAAAAUGCAGAUCUAUUUAGUAAACCAGUGCACUGCAGUAAAGAUGUGUCUGACAGUUCAUCCAACACCAACAAAUGUGAGCAAACUCAACUAUUGGUCAAAGAUCAACUGAAAUCAGAUGUGGAUAUUUUAAAGAAGAAAAAAAGUGAAGAAUUAGUUGGUAAAAAAUAUCCCAAAAAUAUACCAGCAGCAAAAGUUUCCAAGACCAAAGAUGAAAUUAAAAAAUGUGUUCAACUUUCUUCUAAGUUGAUUGAUCAGCAUAUUAAAUUGGCAAGUACAAAGUCCUCUAAGCAAUCCAUUAACAAUCAAAUUGAAACAAAAAAGAAACUCAAGGCCAACCAUUCUGCAGAUCAACAAUUAGUUGCGACAAAAAACAACCUUGGUACCAGUAAAAAUGUUAAAAUUUCAAACAUACUGCAGAAAAAAGAAAAAAUACCCAAAAUUAAAGCUGAAUCAACAGAUGGUCAAAAUUCUGUUACUGCACAAGCAGUAUCCCAUCCAGACCAUUGUACAAAAAUAAACAAGAAAAACAGCAUCCCAAGUUCUAUGAACUUAAGUCUAACUGGACUAAAGUCUUGCAAUUCAACUUCAAGCAAGCAAUGCCAUAGGAAACAUACUACAGUCAGCUCUAAAGACAAAGCUACUAAGAAUGAAUGUCAAACUCCUUCUGUAUCAAUCAUCACAGCUGGCAAAUUCAGUCCGAUUGUGACAACUUGUUUUAAAGAAACUGUAGUACCAACAAAACUGUGCAGUUUGUGUUUCCUUUAUCAGCUUUUCACAUUUGGUAAGGAUAUAAAAAAACUAAAGAAGGCGGAAUGCUCUGUCUGCCCAGUGAAAAGGAUGUAUAAAUGUCCUCGGUGCAGCUUGGUUUGUCCAAAUUUACUAAUGCUCUAUGCCCAUUCACUUAAUAAUGCAGCACAACUACCUGUUACUAAACAGGUCAGUUGUUGUUUUUAUUGUAACAAACAGUUUUUACUGCAUUCUGAUUACUAUGUUCAUGUUACAUUGUCUAAGUGUUCAAAAUUUUGUGUGCAUUGUGAACAGACUUUCAAAUCUAGUUUGCAGAAAAAAAGUCACAAGUGUCUAAACAACCAUGUAUAUCAAUGUUCCGUGUGCAAAAUGGAUUGUGCUAGUCAGGAAGAUGUUGAGCUACAUAUGUCUAGCCAUGAGAUAGCUAAUAGAGAUUACAGCUGCAGAAAAUGUGGGGCAUCUUUUUAUACUGGACAAAGUCUCUUUAAACACAUGGAUUUUCACAUCAAAAUGGAAGAAAACUCAACCACUGAAAGCAGUAUUUAUGUGUGUUAUAAGUGCAAAAGUUCUUUUAAGUCAUUGGAAGAAAUAAAUCAACAUUGGAAUGUAUUGUGCCCUGGGAUGAAGCAGAAAGUAUGUUACAAUUGUACGAAACAGUUUGACACUGUUCUAGAGCUUGAGCUUCAUAUGAAAGAAAGGGAUUUUGGUAGAGGAUGCAGAAAAGGAGGAAUAAUAUGUUUCAGGUGCCGUGCCAGUUUUGUUAACCGUGAAGAUUUUAAACACCAUUUGAUGUUCAGAGCUCAAAACAAUACUUGUUUACCUGUUAGAGAAAAUUUCCAAAGCAUGAUACACCACCUGAUAACAAAUAAUAAAAGUACAUUGGCAAUAAAAGACAAAACAGAUGAGACAAGGUUGGGAGUGCCACAAUCUGAAAGGGAGAAGCACUCUACCGAUAGCAAUUCCACUCCCUCAAGUAACUUAAAACUUGAAAAUAAGCAAGAUAGGAUAGAUGUGACUUCAAAGAUCAUUUUAAAGUCAGAUAAUAUUGAUAAAUGUGCAUGUCUCCCAGGUGUAAAUAUAAUGAUAGAUAAUGUUGCAAAUUCAGAGAAGCAAACUGGUGGUGACAGCAAUCUUGUUAGCAAAAACGUAGAAGACAAAUGUAAAGGCCCAAAGUCUGAAAAUGUUGCAAGCAAUCAUAUUGUUAGCAAAAACAUAGAAGACAAAUGUAUAGGCUCAAAUUCUGAAAAUGUCGCAAGUAAUCAUAUUGUUAGCAAAAAGGUAGAAGACAAAUGUCUAGGCCCAAAUCCUGAAAAUGUUGCUAGCAGUCAUAUUGUUAGUAAAACAUUGGAUAACAAAUGUGUAGGGCUAAAUCCUGAAAAAACUUUGAGUGGUAACGCUAUAACUAGUAGUCCCCCACUCAAAAAAUCAAAUAGUAAAAGUGUUGAUCCUGCAUCUGCUAGUAUUGCUACUGUAAAGAGAUUGGCAGAUGACGAAUGUGUAGAUCUUGUUUCUCAAAAAUCAACUAGUAAUGGACUCAGUCCUCCCCUCAAGAAAAAACCCAAUAAAAAAAGUGUGGAAUCUCCAAAUCCUGCUAGACCUGGUGUUGUUCCUUUAAAGAUUAUGGCAGAUAAAAAAUGUUCAGAUCUUGAAAAAUUAGCAGUUACUAGUAGCAGUCCUUCCCAGAAGAUUAAAGUGAAUAUGAGUGGAAAUCCUCAAAGAUCUUCUACUGCUCUUCCUGUAAAGAGAAUGACAGAUUACACUUCCAGGUGUGUAGAAAAAUGUGCUAGUUUUGGCAGUCAACCUAUCAAGAGAAAAGCAGACUGGAAAUGUGUGGAUGUAGAGAAAAAGAAACUCAAACCUAAUUGUGUAGAAAGUGGAUAUAAACAAACUGACAGUGUUAUCUUUGAGGAUUUAGAGUUGGCAGAAAUGGUUGACCCUUGGGUCAAAAGGGAUAUUUUCAAAGCCAGAAGAAAUCAAACUAAUAACGGAAGAAGUAAUAAUUUUACUGAAAGAGAUCACUCAAAGUAUGAAACUAGAACAUCUAAAUUUCAUGAUUCUGCUACGCUCCAAUGGAAAAAUAAUGUUUGUUUAAAAUGUCGCUUAAAUUUUGACACAUACUUACAAUUAGAUAUGCACCUUGUCAAUGAACAUGGAUAUUUUAAGAAGUAUUUUUGUAAAACAGAUUCUUGUGAUAUCAGCUUUAGCCUUGAGAGAAGUUUGGAUUUACAUCACCUUUCACUGCAUGCAAAUAAUCAGGAAUCAGGUGGUUAUGAAGAGCUGUAUGGAGAUGUGGAUUAUGAUCUGACUGAGCAAUGUUCUAAAUGUCUGAGUGGGCCAGUCUGCAUAUGUUCACCUUUCAGGAGUUCCAACAGACAGUUUGUUGAUGAGGAAGAGGUAACUGAGAGGGAUGAUUAUUGGAGUCCUGAAAGAGUGGAAUUUAAUAUUUCAGAGAGGGAUGAUUAUUUAAAUCCACAUACAGAAUUGAAUGAAAUCACAGAGGGUGACAAUUAUUGGAAUCAUGAAAGCGUGGAAUUGAAUGAUGAAAGAUAUCAGAAUCCAACACAACACUUUGUUGAAGAGGAAGAGAUAUCUGAGAGGGAUGAUUAUUGGAGUCCUGAAAGGCUGGAAUUUAAUGAUAUUUCAGAAAGGGGUGAUUAUUUAAAUCCGCAUACGGAAUUGAAUGAAAUCACAGAGAGUGACGAUUAUUGGAAUCAUGAAAGGGUGGAACUGAAUGAUGAAAGAUACCAGAUUCCAAUGCAACACUUUGUCAGAAAACAGGUUGAAGUCUUCACUUGUCUAUCGGCUAUAAGGAUAUCACCAUUUUUACCAUAUCAGACAAUCUCAAAUAACUUUGUUUUGAACCAAAACAAAAAUCCAUUUCUUAGUAACAAUAAAAAUAGUAAUGUAUGUAUGCUGCCUCAAAGUAUUCAUCAACCUGUAAGAUUGAGUAGAAGUCUUUGCAGUCUAAAUACCAGUAGCUUUAAUACUGGACUUCUACCUACCUUAAAUGAAAGAAACUUGUUCCCAUAAUACCUGUUGUACAGAUUCAUUAUACCUAAUCUGUCAAUCUCUUAUCUUUACGAUUGCUUAUUUAUUGCACACUUAUGUUAUCAAUCUAAAAUCGUGUUUGAAAUUUUGAUGAGUCUAGUGCUAAUGGGGGAAGUGAUUUUCAUCAAAUUUUCUAUUGUUUAUAAAGUGAUUGAAUUUUGUUCUGUACCUGUAUUUUGACCCACCUGCAAUAUUUAUAAUAGUGCAAAUGUAUUGGUCAGCAUUUAUUUCUAGAGCCAGUCUAUUAGGCACACUCAGUUGGGGGUACUGAUGUGCUAAAAUAACUGUUGCUGG